AACAAUGAUUAUAUUGUAUUUUGUAAGAGUGUGAAUGACAUACUGAUCACUUCAGUUGUCUAAUUUACGACCUUUAUUUUAUCUACAGGCCUUUCUGACAAGGGAGUAAUGUAUAGCAUAACACUGGAAGAAUCUAUAGGCCUCUUCGGAUGGUCCAGUCGCUUUUCCAAUGCUACUCUAUACCAUCUCUGCUAUGCUGCCAGCUUUCCGGUAUAAAAAAGUCGAAGGAAAGACGAUGAUCCCCCCAACAUUCUUUGCUUAUUUCCUCUGAUCUCUUCGAAACAUCACCAAUGCCAAACGCAGAACAGAACAGAUUGGGGUUGAAUAACCUCUUGCAACAACGAUACGGCACAAGUGCUGCUUCUCACUUGCGAUGGGAAAGUGUCAAAUAUGGCGAUGAUCAUAAUCCUACUUGGACUUUUAUUGUUUAUAUCGAUAAUAUUGAGUACGGACGGGGUUCUGGCGGUGACAAGGGGUCUGCGAAGGAGAUGGCAGCAGGAGUUGGCCUUAUGCAGCUUCGAAGGCAGUGGGCUCAUCUAUUGCUCUAGAUGCUGUUGGAACCUGGGCCAAGAGAAGUUGCGAGCGCAUUCAGGCGACGUCCGACUCGUUGACGUCGGCCGUAGAUCUACAAUUCCAAUUGUCACUUCCUUCACUACGAUAAUUCACUAUACUGAUUCCCUUGAA